CAGCGGCUCGCGAGUGCGAUGCAGUGAGGCCGGACGGGCGGGCGCGCUGGGCUGGGGACACGGCUGCGCUGCAGAGAUGUGACUCGGGCCGAGGGCCAGCAGGAGCAUCGGCGCUGCGGGGCCGCGGGGGUCGAGAGAAAGAUGAGAACCCAGCAGGUGCUCGCUUUCCUCCUGCUCUUCGUGAUUGCCUUCGGGGCCUCUGAGAACACCAGCACGUCCCGGGGCUGCGGGCUGGACCUCCUCCCGCAGUACGUGUCCCUGUGCGACCUGGACACCGUCUGGGGCAUCGUGGUGGAGGCCGUGGCGGGGGCGGGCGCCCUGAUCACACUGCUCCUGAUGCUUAUUCUCCUGGUGCGCCUGCCGUUCAUCAAGGACAAGGAGAAGCACCCCGUGGGCCUCCACUUCCUCUUCCUCCUGGGGACCCUGGGCCUCUUCGGCCUGACGUUCGCCUUCAUCAUCCGGGAGGAUGAGACCAUCUGCUCCGUCCGCCGGUUCCUCUGGGGCGUCCUCUUCGCGCUCUGCUUCUCCUGCCUGCUGAGCCAGGCGUGGCGCGUGCGGAGGCUGGUGCGCCACGGCAAGAGCCCGUCGGGCUGGCAGCUGGUGGGCGUGGCCCUGUGCCUGAUGCUCGUGCAGGUCAUCAUCGCCAUCGAGUGGCUGGUGCUGACCGUGCUGCGCGACGAGAAGCCGGCCUGUGCCUACGAGCCGAUGGACUUCGCCAUGGCCCUCAUCUACGACAUGGUACUGCUCGUGGCCACCCUGGGGCUGGCCCUCUUCACGCUGUGCGGCAAGUUCAAGAAGUGGAAGCAGAACGGGGUCUGCAUCUUGGUCACGGCCUCCCUCUCCGUGCUCAUCUGGGUGGCCUGGAUGACCAUGUACCUCUUCGGCAACGUGGAGCUGCGGCAGGGAGACGCCUGGGGAGACCCCACCUUGGCCAUCACGCUGGUGGCCAGUGGCUGGGUCUUCGUCAUCUUCCAUGCCAUCCCAGAGAUCCACUGCACCAUCCUGCCCGCCCCGCAGGAGAACGCACCCAACUACUUCGACACGUCGCAGCCGAGGAUGCGGGAGACGGCGUUUGAGGAGGACGUGCAGCUGCCGCGGACCUACAUGGAGAACAAGGCCUUCUCGAUGGAUGAGCACAAUGCAGGUAAAGUGGGCACGGCCCCGUUGGGUCAGGCUGUUCUUCGCAAAAGCGCUCUCUCCUUUUUCUCCACUGGGGAUCGGUGGUCCUGGGGACGGUCCUGGCAGAUCAGAGCCUACAGACAUUGCUGA